UGGUGGCAUGAUUGAUUUUUGUCCGAAUUCGCUGAAUUGAAUUCCCACCAGCUGUUCGGCUGCAGGCAGCAUCUGCAUUGCGCCUGCCUCAACUUAUGCACUUAGUAUAAAAAUCUCCCAGGACGCGACCCGACCCGACCAGUUCUCGUAACAAUGUCGUCCGCCGUUGAUGAAAGGAUUACGGACGAGCUCGAGGCCUUGGAAGCGAUUUUGAUGGAUGACGUGACGAUAAAAAGUGUUGAUGGUGUCCCACAUAUGAUAGAAACGGUCGUUCAUCCGUCUACGGGCGAUGAUACUGAUCAGCAAUUUGUGUGUGUUACCUUGGAGGUGAAACUGACCCCGGGGUACCCGGACACCAGUCCCGAAGUCUACCUCAGGAAUCCUAGAGGCUUGGAUGACGAAGUGUUAGCAGUCAUUAAUUCACAAAUCAAAGAAAAACUGAAUGAUUGCCUGGGUCAGCCUGUUGUGUUUGAACUAAUUGAGUUGAUCCGUGAAAAUCUGACGGAGAGCAACUUACCAAGCGGGCAAUGUGUAAUCUGCCUGUAUGGGUUCGCUGAAGGAGAUGUGUUCAUCAAGACACAGUGCUAUCACCACUUCCACAGUCACUGUCUCGCCAACCACCUCAUCUCCGGCAGGAAGUACUAUGAUGAAGAAUUGGAGAAACUACCCAGUUGGCAGCAGAUGCAAGCACCAGCUUAUCAGCAAACCUGCCCGGUGUGCCGCUGCCCCGUGUCGUGCGAUGUGGACACGUUGAAGAAAGCUCCUCCUCCAGUGGACUCUAUCACCGCCCCACCAUUCUGCCUCACAGCUGAGCUCAAGGCUUUGCAACUGAAGAUGGCAGCUCUUCUGCAACAGCAGAUUGCUAAGGGAGGCGUGGUCGGUGUAGGCGAUACCGGUCCACCACCGCUCACCAUCACAUCACCUGCUGAUAAUGACAAUGAGGCAACAAACACGUCGUCGAGCUCUCAAGUGGGCGCGAAGGCGGCGGAGGUUGCCAUCGGUCACACCCGCCCCAGCGGCAACGGCUCCAACGACAGCUCCACGCCAGCGUCGCCGCAGCGCUCCGCAUACAGGGGACCGUAUAGGGGCUUCAACCGUCGCGGCAAGCCCGGGCGGCGCGGGCGCGGCGCGGCGGUGGCUCCGCGGUGACACGCAGACGACCCCUCCGCGCCUCCCGUCGCUUAGCAAGGGAGCUACCCGCGUCGCCCCACCCUCACGCACAGGUACCACAUUUGGCUGAAAACACUGAAUGCAUGCAAGCUAACAUCUGCUAACAGAAAUGCGUGUAAGAUAACGUCGAACAGGACCAAAGCGUGCGAGCUAACAUCUAAAAAUAGGAAUGCGUGUAAACUAACUUCGAACAGGAUAAAUGCGUGCGAGCUAACAUCUGGAAAUAUGAAUGCGUGUGAUCUGACAUCCGCAUGUUUAGUUAGUCAAAUGUUUAUAUACCAAAAUAAAACUGAAAGGAUCAUGCAUGAAUUGACAUCUUCAUUUGAUUACAUUACGCUAAAUAACCGGAAUAUAUUCGAUGUAAAAUUGCGCGCCCAAAACCAGUUCCAAAAUGCAUGCAGGCUAACAAUUGUAAUGUAUACAGCGAUAACAGCUUGCUCUUCGGAUGUAUUCAGCCAAGUGUAUUCCCAAUCGUACCUACAAACGACGCUGGUGACAUUUCAAUACAAGCGGGUUUUAGGAAUUGUCAAGUACUUAGAUUGUAUAAGCGGUCUGAAAUGGGUGUGUUCAAAUAAUGUCGAGGCGUUUGUUAAGAUGUUUGGAUGUGUUGUACAUGUUUCUUGUUGGAUGGCUUGUGAAGCGAGAGUGAUAGAGUCAAGAACAUCAAAUACUAUUCCAGUGCCGAAACUUUCUCAUACAGGGUCCCAUUUUCCUCAGCCAAUACACCUUCGCGGUUUGGCCAAAACUUACCUUUCGAGACUGACGAUUUACCUUUCCCAAUUAUAUAUAGAUGGAAAACGCACAAUAAGUGUAUUUAUUGCAAUAAUUUUAAGCGUUAUUCUUCCAGACCAUAUCAAUAGUUUAUGGACCAUUAUUUUUUUUAAAUCUCCGUUGGUGCCAAGAGUAUUUGUUUGCGUCUUAGAUAUUUGUUUUGGAAACUGUUUUCUUGUGUCGCUGUGAUCAUGGUUUCCUUUCAGAUGAUCUAUUUUCUUGUUGAUAAUGUUCUACAGUUUGUAUUUUAAUUGAUUAAUCAUGAGGUUUUUUUUUCACUAGGAUAACCAUUAGAAGAUCGAUUCAUUAUCUUUCGUCGACCAAUAUAAUUUUUUCUUGGCGUUUUAACAUGAAAUUCGAUCUAUUUUUCCUACCCGAUUUUGGAAGGAGACUAUCCCGAUCUCCGAUAUAUAUUCAACGACAUAAUGUAUGAACGAUAUUAUAAAUAAAACAUAUUCUGUCAAUUACAGUAUUCAAAAAGACUUACAAAGACAAUAUUAUUCUAGAUAAGUCCUAUUUUCAUUAAUAAUACAGAUUGUAGGCUAUCAACCAAGAGAGAGUAGUAAAUCUGAAAGGAUGCAAUGCAAUAUAAUCUAACACCUGUUUUUCGAUCUUCAAGCAACAUUUUGUUCACAUUUUGUAUAUUAAUAUAUAAACUGUUACAAGCUGGAAAAAAGUAGAAUUCAUUUUAAGCUCUGGCAAUACCUAUUCCAGCAUUUCUUACUGGCCACUAAAAAGUCGGUAGAUCCAUGCGAUUGGUGCAACAUACCCAGUGUUGCCAGUGAUUUUAAAUAUCUACUCUUUUUGCCACUUUUUGCAUUCUGGUUGUAAAAUUAGUUCCUAAAGUUAGAUAGCAAAUUCUAAAGUAAAUCGUCACGUCUUCCUAUUUUUUGACUCCCUAUAUUUAGCCAAAAAGGUUGUUAUUAAUAUAAAUGUAAUAUUCAAACCUUCACCUAUUUGACCCCUGCAUAUGACUCUACUGUUCUCGUGUGAAAUGUCAUAUAUCCAGUCACUGUUAUGGCAACAGCACAGAGUAACAGGGUUAGAUGAAUAUCAUUAACUUUAAGAAAUACUUUAUAAACCUUACUACAUUUAUUGGGAGUGAUUGUUGGCAGUGCCAAGAAAAGUAUGAAUCUAUCUAAACUAUUAAAGUACUAUUAUAUAGCUUGAGUGUAAAAAUGAGCACAAAAAACGUGUAGAAUGCCCGUUAUUAUGGCUUCGGCAAUCGCCAUAUUAUCUUAAUUAUUAUUAUUAUUAACGUGUAGUGCGUUCAUAACU